CGAAUUCUUCCUCUACUACUCCUUUCAUUUCAUUUUUUUUCAUCUAAGCCAUAGCCAUAUCUAAUAUUAAACAUUAAAGCAAGUGUACAAAUAUAUACAUAUAGGUAGAUACAUAUAUAUAUAUAGAUGGAUCGUAUAACAAAAUUGGCAUCACAAAAGGCAGUGGUGAUCUUCAGUAAGAGCUCAUGUGGGAUGAGUCAUGCCAUAAAGAGGCUGUUUUACGAGCAAGGUGUAGGCCCUUUCAUCUAUGAGGUAGAUGAAGAUUCAAGGGGCAAGGAAAUAGAGUGGGCUCUAAUGAGAUUAGGGUGCAACCCCUCUGUCCCCGCAGUGUUCAUUGGUGGCAAGUUUGUGGGUUCAGCCAACGCAGUUAUGACCCUUCACCUCAAUGGCUCACUCAAGAGAAUGCUCAGAGAUGCUGGUGCUCUCUGGCUUUAGAAACGUCAUAGACAUGGAGCUUACCUUCUAGCGCAAUGCAAACAGUCAAACACGGCCUUAUGAGAAGUUAAUUUUGUUUUAUUAUAAUAUCAUAACAAGCCUUUUUUUUUUUUUUUUUUUGUAUGAGACCUUUGCGGCUUCUAGAAUCUGCAUGCAUUGUACCCGAAUAAUCUCUAGAGAUUAUGCUCCAAUAUAAUUUUGUGUU